AUGACACCCCAUUUUGCGCUUCCCAUUCUUCUCGGGAUUCUUUGGGCAGCGAUUGCUGCUACUGCUAUUGAAAGCGAGCCUACACCGAUUCACAAAAAUGGCUACUGUGUCAUGCGCGGUCAAUGUGGCGGUUUCUUCCCAGCUACUUGCGUAUACAACAAACCAGCGGUGCAACCCGAAACGGAUUCUUUUCGAAAACUCCUUGCUGACACUUGCGGUGCAGAGUAUGCGACAGGUCCAGCUUGUUGCGACGAAACUCAACUUAACAAGUUGGUGAAUCAAGUACAAAUGGCAAAGCCAAUUGUGGCGUCUUGUCCUGCAUGCUGGAGCAAUUUUUUGCAGUUCUGGUGCUCGUUCACCUGCUCACCCAACCAGUCAACGUUUGUCAACAUAACGGCCACAGGCAAAGAGGACGAACAACCAAAGGUGGAACAGGCCGAUUACUGGGUGGGCGAUAAUUUUGGAACACAGUUUUAUGACAGUUGCAAAGAUAUCAAGUUUGGAUCCAGUAACGGAUAUGCCAUGGAUUUUAUCGGCGGUGGUGCAAAGGAUUGGCACAGCAUGGUGUCGUAUAUGGGCGAAAAGCGUCCCGGCCUGGGAAGUCCAUUCCAGAUCGAUUUCCCACCUCUUGACUCGGGCGAUGCAUUGACGCGAUACGAUGACAACGGCAAAUCUUGCAACGAUUCCGACUCCGCUUACCGAUGUGCAUGUGUGGACUGCGAAGCGACUUGUCCUAUGUUGGAGCCUGCUCCAGGAGAGAUACCAGAAUGCAGGGUGGGCCUGCUCAACUGCUGGACGUUCACCAUGGUUACCACAUAUGGCUUGAUUGUCGCUGUUGUGCUGCUGUUUGUGCUGACACGCCAACACCGCAUUGGCGUAUGGCUGCAAAAUUGCAUCGGAUACAACUGGGAUCGCGAAGAAAACCGCGGAUUGUACGAGCCUUUGGCGCUUGCUGAAGAUGAAGACGAUGAUGAUGGAAGUGAGCUGGAGAACCUACUGGAUCCGGACCAUGUACCUCGACAGUACUGGCUCAAUUCACGGCUUCAAGGAUGGUUUUAUCGCCAAGGUCUCUUUUGUGCACGUCAUCCAUGGCUGGUUAUUGUCCUUGGCCUGGUCCUGGUGACUCUUUCUUCCGCCGGCUGGACGAAAUUCUCUGUUGAAAGAGAUCCUGUUCACUUAUGGGUAUCACCAUCCUCGCGCGCCCUUGCUGAAAAGCAUCACUUUGAUACCAACUUUUCUCCAUUCUAUCGUAUAACACAACUCUUCAUCGUUAACGAGGAGCCAGAACCCAUUGCAUCGGCUGAUCACUUGAAGAACUUAUUUAAACUCGAGAACGAGAUCCGACAUAUGCGAUCUGAUGAGCACGGCUAUAGCCUUCAGGAUGUGUGUCUCCAUCCCAACGGUGAGGCAUGUAUUGUCCAGUCUGUCACAGGUUACUGGCAAGGUGAUAUUGGAGAAUUUGAUCCUGAACGCUGGGAUGAUGAUCUUCUCUACUGCGCCGAGCAGCCAUCCGCCUGUCUACCGGAUUUCCAACAGCCAUUGAAACCAACUGCUAUCCUUGGAGGUUACGAGAAUGACGACUAUCUUAGUGCGCGAGCGUUUGUCGUUACGUUUGUCAUCGCCAACUCCCUGGACCCUGCUGUCGUAUCAAAAACCGAAGAGUGGGAAAAAUCGCUGCUUCGCAAUAUCUUAUCCAAAGUCAAUGACAGACCUGAAUGGAACGGCGUGCGCAUUACGUACUCUACUGAGAGCUCGCUGGAAACGGAACUCAACAAAUCAUCCAAUACUGAUGCACUUACCGUGAUUAUCAGCUACCUCGUCAUGUUCGUCUAUGCAUCAAUAGCACUUGGCCGUUUCCGCUCGUUAAAUAUACGUCGGUUGAUGAUUGAUUCCAAAUUUGGACUGGGUGUCUGUGGUAUACUUAUCGUCAUCUUUUCUGUUUCGACUGCUGUUGGGCUCUUUUCUUUGACGGGCAAAAAGACGACCUUAAUCAUCGCCGAAGUCAUACCGUUUCUGGUUCUUGCUGUCGGCGUAGACAAUAUAUUUAUUCUGUGUCACGAGUAUGCACGUCGAGAAGAUUUGGGCGAGGACGAAUCGGUCGAGGAGCGCGUUGCCAGAACCCUGGGCAAGAUGGGCCCCAGCAUCUUGCUUAGCUCGCUUAGUGAGACUAUCGCCUUUGGUCUUGGUACACUAGUGACGAUGCCAGCCGUCAGCAGCUUCGCAAUCGUCGCAUCUAUUGCAAUUUUCGUUGACUUUACUCUCCAAGUUACGUGCUUCGUCUCAUGCAUGGCGCUGGAUGCUCGGCGAGCAGAUUCGAAUCAAUUGGAUUGCGUACCAUGUGUUCGAAUCCGUGCUCCAGAGCCACUAGAAAAGGAAGGAUGGCUUCAGAUGCUUUGCCGAGUGUACUAUGUGCCGUUCCUGUUGAAGCGUCAAAUGCGAUACGUGAUUUGCCUGCUUUUCCUCGGUCUCUUUAUGCUGGGCUUGGCAUUGGUGCCCGAGCUCCCUUUGGGCCUGGACCAGCGUAUAGCUCUGCCAUCCGACUCGUAUCUCGUCCCCUACUUCAACGACCUGGACGUUUAUCUAGAUAUUGGACCUCCAGUAUACUUUGUGGUACGCAACGCCAAUAUGACGGACCGAGACACACAAAAAAAAAUAUGCGGACGAUUCGCCGCCUGUGAUCCUGUAUCCAUGGGCACAAUCCUUGAGCAAGAGCGCAAACGAUCCGAAGUUUCAUACAUCGGAGAGCCAACGAGUGUCUGGGUCGACGACUUUCUGCAGUGGUUGGAUCCGUCUGUUGGUUGCUGCCAUCGGAAGGAGCAACAAAGCUUCCACUUUAGUACGCUGGAGCGGGAAUACCGACGUGGAUUAGAACUCUGCAAUCCUGACUAUGAUAAAAAGUGUGUUGAGUGCUUGCCGGAUUGGGACACGAAUAUGGAAGCGCUGCCUGAAGGUGGAGAGUUUCUGGACUUUUUUGACAUGUGGAUAAACAUGCCACCAGAUGAGGAGUGUCCUUUGGGAGGAAAGGCGGCUUAUGGCGACGCCAUCGUUGUAGACCGGAAACACAAGACUACCGAAACGUCGCAUUUCCGAACGUUCCACACACCACUGCGAACGCAAGAAGAUUUCAUCGCAGCCCAAGCAUCUGCAAGGCGUAUUUCAGACGGCCUCAGUGAAAGCCUGGGCAUCGACGUCUAUCCUUAUUCGCUUUUCUAUGUCUUUUUUGAACAAUACUCAUAUAUUACGAUGAUGGCGCUCGAACUACUCGGCUUGGCUAUUUUGGCUAUAUUUAUUAUCACUAGUACGCUCCUUGGCAGUAUCCGAUCCGGUCUCAUUGUGAUGGCUGUGGUUAUCAUGAUUGUGAUUGAUGUGAUGGGUGUAAUGGCCAUAUGGAACGUCAGCUUAAACGCAGUCAGUCUGGUGAAUCUCGUUAUCUGUGUCGGUAUCAGUGUCGAGUUCUGUUGCCAUAUUGCCAGAGGCUUCACAGUUGCCAGUGGCAGCCGUGAAGAGCGAGCGGGUAAAGCCAUGGUAGAUGUAGGAAGCUCGGUAUUCUGUGGUAUCACUUUGACGAAAUUUGCAGGAAUUAUUGUCCUCGCUUUUACACGUUCCAAGAUUUUUGAAAUUUAUUAUUUCCGCAUGUACCUGAGUAUUGUUGUUCUUGGCGCGCUUCAUGGCCUUGUCCUCUUGCCUGUAUUACUCAGUCGAUUUGGUGGUGAAGAAAUGUCGAUGCUUGACGAUGGUACUGGAUUUGGAUGGGAACGUAAUAAUCGCGGCUUAUUAAUUGACGACUCGGGGAGCUAUGACCAAGUCUUUAUUACGGAUAUGCCUCAAGAGGAUCAGGGCAGGGGUCGAAAGGCAAAAAACCGAAGAAGACGGUCGUCGCAGGAUAGCCAUUCAAGCAACGAGUAA